UUGUGUUGAGUCAAUAGAGAGAAAGGAUCUCAUCAUAUCCCUUUGAAGGAGCUGCUGUAUAAGGACUUCAGUUUAUAAGAGAGUGGUGUAGAACCUCAGAGAUCUCAGCAGUAAAGAUGGAGAGAACCGUGUUCUACCUGCUCGUCGUGUUUCUGCUGAUGCCGGAGCCGAGCAGUCUGAAGGAAACAGAACAGUCUGAGGUUCAUGGAUCAUCUCAGGAUGUGUGCGGCGAGCUGAAGCAGCUCCGAGAGCUCGUGUAUCAGCAGGCAGUCGCUUUAUCCGAGAUCAAGGUGAAGAUGGCGUACAUGGAGAAAGAGAACACAGCUCAGGCAGGAGAGCUGGUGUCCGUGAAGAGCGAACUGGAGAGCAUGAAGAAACAAAACGCUGAGCGGCCGAAGGCGGCGUUCAGCGCCGGAUUAGCUGCGGGACAGAAAGGACCGUUUAACACUGAAACCACUCUGAUCUACAGUAAAGUCAUCAGCAACAUCGGAGGAGCUUAUAACCCACACACAGGCGUGUUCACGGCUCAGGUUAGAGGCGCGUACUACAUCCGCUUCACGGCCGCCGCCUACAACAGCAACAACCACAACAUGGGCGUUAACCUGUACAAGAACAAUCAGCACCUCAUGCACUUGGGCGAGUACGACAAAGACGGCACUGCCAGACACGUGUCUGGAGCUCUGGUGCUCGAGCUGGAGGCUGGAGACGUCGUGUACCUCCGUCUCCUCGCCAACUACGCCCUCUACGAGGAUACGCUCCUCCGCAACACCUUCAGCGGCUUCCUCAUUUUCCCCUCCUAACAAAAACACUGUGUGUGUUACAGCUCUGUGUUUAAAUCUCCAGUGAAAUGAGUUUCUAGUGUGUUUCUGUUGAAUAAUUUAACUUUGUUAUGUGUGUGAUACCACAUCUACACAUCUCGUGUAAAACUUAAAGUUACAGCUUUAGCUCUGACACUGGAGACUCCUUCCAUAAAUAUAAAAAAAAAAAUAAAAACUCCUUACAGAAAACUUCACCAUA